UUCCGCGUGUCACGACUCUUCUCCUCCGGCGUCAGUGCCUGCCUCCCCCAAGUAUCCCCUCCUCACCGACCCAGAGCAGAGCUCCCCGCCCGCGAUCCCCCGCCACCGGCAGCCAUGUCCAACCCCGAAUCGACCCCCCAAGCCGCCGCGUCGUCCACCUCGCCUCCCUCCCACGCCGGCCACAUCCACACCCCGCUCUGCCGCUCCUGCGGCGCGCCCGCCGCGGCGCCCGCCCCCGCCCCCUGGACCGGGGACUCCCCGCCGCCCGCCUACCGCCCCAUCCUCUCCGCGCUCUCCGCCUUCGUCGCCUCCACCCCGCCGUUCCCGCACAGCUCCCGCUACGGGAACCCCGCCUUCCGCCUCUGGCACGAGAAGCUCGGCGACUCCGUCAACGAGCUGAUCGCCCCCAUCACAGCCACCGCCGCGUCCCCCUCGGACCUGGCCGGCGCCGAGGUCGAGCUCGCGCCGUACCUCCUCGACUCCUUCGGCAACGGCACCCGCAUCGACUACGGCACGGGGCACGAGACCAACUUCGCCGCCUUCCUCUACUGCCUGGCCCGGCUCGGGCUCAUCACCGAGCCCGAUUACCCCGCCGUCGUGCUACGGGUGUUUGCUUCCUACCUCGACCUCAUGCGCACGCUGCAGGACACGUACCUGCUGGAGCCUGCGGGCUCGCACGGCGUCUGGGGGCUAGAUGAUUACCAUUUCCUGCCCUUUGUGUUUGGGGCUGCACAACUGAUUGAUCACAAGUACAUGAAACCCAAGUCGAUCCACAACCCGGAUAUCUUGGAGAACUUCUCGAAGGAGUACAUGUACCUGGCGUGCGUCAUGUAUGUGAAAAAAGUGAAGAAGGGGCCCUUUGCGGAGCAUUCACCGAUGUUGGAUGAUAUCAGCGCGGUGCCGAACUGGAAGAAGGUGAACAGUGGGCUGCUCAAGAUGUACAAGGCUGAAGUGCUUGAGAAGGUGCCCAUCAUGCAGCAUUUCCUCUUUGGCUCACUUAUCAAAUGGUAUGGAUCCUGA